GGGGAGUUACAUCAAUGAAUCCAUUUUUGGAAAAGUUCUUUCCAACAGUGUAUCGAGAACAAAAUGCAGUUACAUCGACUAAUCAAUACUGUAAGUUCAACAGUCAGAUAUUGACGAUAUUUACGUCGUCUUUAUAUCUGGCUGCACUACUAUCAUCGUUGAUGGCGUCCACGGUGACACGAAAAUUUGGCCGAAAACUUUCAAUGUUAUUUGGUGGAAUUUUUUUCUGUGCCGGAGCUAUGAUAAAUGGAUUUGCUCAGGCUGUGUGGAUGCUCAUUGUGGGUCGGAUGCUACUUGGUUUUGGAAUCGGGUUUGCUAAUCAGGCGGUACCAUUAUACCUUUCUGAAAUGGCACCAUACAAGUAUAGAGGGUCACUCAACAUUGGGUUUCAGUUAUCAAUCACAAUUGGUAUCGUAGUUGCAAAUAUUUUAAAUUACUUCUUUGACAUGAUCAAAGGAGGGUGGGGUUGGAGGCUAAGCCUCGGGGGUGCGGUGGUCCCAGCGUUGAUCAUAACGUUUGGGUCCCUUGUCCUUCCUGAGACCCCCAACUCCAUGAUUGAAAGAGGAAAUAAAGAAGAGGCGAGAACAAAACUUAAAAGAAUUAGAGGUGUUGAAAAUGUAGACGAAGAGUUUUAUGAUUUGGUCAUGGCUAGUGAAGCAUCACAAAAGGUUGAACAUCCUUGGAGAAAUUUGUUACAAAAGAAAUAUAGGCCACAACUAACAAUGGCUAUAAUGAUUCCAUUUUUCCAACAAUUGACUGGGAUUAAUGUGAUUAUGUUUUAUGCACCUGUUUUGUUUAAAACAAUUGGGUUUGGAGGAAAGGCUUCACUUAUGUCUGCUGUUAUUACGGGUACAGUAAAUGUUAUCGCAACAUGUGUUUCAAUCUAUGGUGUUGACAACUGGGGAAGAAGGUUUCUUUUUCUUGAAGGUGGCACUCAAAUGCUCAUUUGCCAGAUUGCGGUUGCAGUUCUCAUAGGGAUUAAGUUUGGAGUAGAUGGUAAUCCGGGGGAAUUGCCAAAAUGGUAUGCCUUUCUGGUGGUGCUUUUCAUAUGCAUAUAUGUAUCAGGAUUUGCGUGGUCAUGGGGUCCAUUGGGUUGGCUUGUACCAAGUGAAAUCUUCCCACUAGAGAUCCGAUCAGCGGCUCAAAGUAUUGCUGUCUCCGUGAAUAUGAUCUUUACGUUUAUUGUUGCCCAAGUAUUCUUGACAUUGCUCUGCCAUUUGAAAUUCGGGCUUUUUCUCUUUUUCGGGUUUUGGGUGAUUGUUAUGACCACAUUUAUAUAUCUGUUUUUGCCUGAAACAAAGAAUAUUCCGAUUGAAGAGAUGGUGAUCGUGUGGAAGAAGCAUUGGUUCUGGUCAAGGUUCAUGGUUGAUGUCGAGUACCCUAUAUAA